UGCCCAGACGGGAAUAUUUUAUUACUUUAUUGUAGUAUAAGUGCUUGUGAUACCAAUACUCGUUUUAGUGAUGGGUGUGUAGUGGAAUGGAUAUUUGUUGAAGCGGUUGAUAAUGUCGAAGACUCUCAACGCGUAUAGAAUAAAGAAGAUCGAAUCGCUCGGCAGGAUGACGGCGAUGUCGCAGGAGGAGAUGGUCGCGGGCGCGCGCACCGUCGCCGCGGGGCUCGAGGCCCUCAGGGCUGAGCACGCCCAGCUAUUGGCUGGGCUGGCGGCCAACACAGAGCAUGAACAUGAGAAGGCUGCGCUGGUGAGGAAGAGCAUCGAUGCUAUCGAGCUCGGACUUGGAGAGGCACAGGUGAUGAUGGCGCUAGCCUCCCACCUCCAAUCAGUCGAAGCCGAGAAACAGAAGCUCCGCACCCAGGUGCGCCGUCUGUGCCAGGAGAACGCCUGGCUCCGAGACGAGCUGGCCGCCGCCCAGCAAAGACUGCAGGCUUCGGAGCAAAGAGUUGCACAACUCGAGGAAGAGAAUAAGCAUUUGGACUUUAUGGCAUCCAUACGCAAAUAUGACAGUGACGUGACUGAGGAAUCAGAGACAAGCCGCAGCGGCCAAUCAGAAAGCAAGCGUGACGACCCCAUGGUCGAUCUGUUCCCGGAUGAUGACCAUGAUGACAAUCGCAACAACAAGUCGAUGUCCCCAACCCCGCCGUCGCAGUUCGCGCAGCAGGUGACCGCCGGCUACGAGAUCCCGGCGCGUCUGCGCACUCUGCACAACCUCGUCAUCCAGUACGCGUCCCAGGGACGCUAUGAGGUGGCCGUCCCGCUGUGCAAGCAGGCACUCGAGGACCUGGAGAAGACCUCGGGCCACGACCACCCCGAUGUGGCCACCAUGCUGAACAUACUGGCGCUGGUCUACAGGGACCAGAACAAGUAUAAGGAGGCGGCGAACUUGCUGAAUGAUGCUCUCUCCAUUCGCGAGAAGACUCUCGGCGAGAACCAUCCCGCCGUUGCCGCCACGCUUAACAACCUGGCUGUUCUCUAUGGCAAACGAGGCAAGUACCGCGAGGCGGAGCCGCUGUGCAAGCGCGCGCUGUGCAUCCGCGAGGCCGUGCUGGGCCGCGACCACCCCGACGUGGCCAAGCAGCUCAACAACCUCGCGCUGCUCUGCCAGAACCAGAACAAAUAUGAGGAGGUGGAGCAGUACUACCAGCGCGCGCUGGAGAUAUACGAGAGCAAGCUCGGCCCCGACGACCCCAACGUGGCCAAGACCAAGAACAACCUCGCCUCCUGCUACCUCAAACAGGGCAAGUACAAAGAGGCGGAGACGUUAUACAAGCAAGUGCUGACGCGGGCGCACGAGCGGGAGUUCGGAACCAUCGACGGCGACAACAAGCCCAUCUGGCAGGUGGCGGAGGAGCGUGAGGAGAACAAACAUCUCCAGAAGGAGAACGCGCCGUACGGAGAAUAUGGCGGCUGGCAUAAAGCUGCCAAGGUGGACUCUCCGACGGUGACGACGACGCUGAAGAACCUCGGCGCGCUGUACCGGCGCCAGGGCAAGUACGAGGCGGCCGAGACGCUCGAGGACUGCGCGCUGCGCAGCAGGAAGGAGGCGUUGGACAUCGUCAAGCAGUCCCGGCGCCGCCCCGGCCGCGACGAGCCGCCGCCCGACCAUCACGACGAGGGUGCGAACCCGGCGAGCGAGCCCCGCAUGAACCUAAAGUCGAAGCUGUUCAAUGCGCUAGGCAUCAACACGCAGCAGCCGUAGUUAGUUAGUUAGUUAAGUUAGUUUAAGUCACGCUUGGACGCGGGUGACGCUUGGCGAGGUGUAAGUUACAUUACCCGACUGCGAGAAGCAAAGGAGCGUUGUAAAUGUGUUCGGUCGAUUCGGCAGGAAAAUAUUGUAUACUUAAGAACUUUAAGUUCUCAAUAAUACGGUAAAACUGGGUCGAAUACACUUAAAUGCUCAGGACAAUAUCAGAUAUUUUUGACCCGAUAUUUUUUUUUUCAUUUGAAUUACCUGUCGAGUCGAUCUAAUACAAUCACAGUAAUCACUAAUGUAAUUCGGAAUGGUUUUGGUAAGAGCUGACUUUUGGUAUCAAUUUUGGAUACUCAUUUUUUGAUAUCAAUUAAUCCAACAUACUAAACCUAAUGGAAGAAGGAAUACUUACCGAAUAGCGCCGAAAGCCAGUAUUAAGGUACGGACAAACUGAGCCCACGUACGCUACGUCUGCAAUGCAUUGCGAAAUCUGGACCCUAAAAUUUGUAUGUAAAAGUUUGAAACAUACUUGGCAUGCGUUGCGUGUGACAAGUAUCAAAAAUAGUCAAAAUCAAAAUAGUUUAUUGAUACAGUGAAACUUAUGUAAAACAAGGUUAGGUAAAAUUGUUCUAGUUAAACGCUAAAGUUGUUGCAAAAUAUGAAAAUUGCCCGUGACACCUGCACUAGGCUAUGCCUGUCUCGCAGGAUGACACUUUUCUUAGUUUGCCAGGUUUUAUUGAUUACAUUAGGCGCUAAAUAAUUUAUUUACUACUAUCAGCUUAAUUAUGUAUCUAAACAUACAAAUUUCAGGGUCCAGAUUUCGUAAUGCAUUGCAUACGUCGCGUACGUGGGCUCAGUUUGUCCCUACGUUUAUGGAAGUGAGAAAUUGUGUUAUUACACAUGUAUCGUUUCAUUACGAAAUCAAUGAUGAUAUAGUGAUACUUAUUAUAUCGCAGACUUAAAUGUGUUAAAAAUUAGGCCAAUUCAAGUGUCACUUACACCUAAGCAUAUUCGCUCAUUAUAAAGCAACCCGCGUCCCGUUUUGUCGCUCACACGUUUCAUUUUGCCGAGCGCGGAGCAUGCACCCGCCGCGACCGAACGCAAAAUAAACUGUAGCACCUCUACUAGCUUAGAUCUAUUUAUGUUAGCAUGCUUAAGAAUAAUUUUAUGAAACAAAUCGAAAAAAUAUAUAAAAAAAAUAUGUAACAAGAGAGAUUUUAUCGAUGAUGAACCGUCCGGAGUAUUGCAAAUUUAUUAUUUAAGGUGCGGAUUUUAACAAAUUUUAUAAUUAUGACUUUAAUAGUCGCGGUUCUAAACUUACCCAAAUUUUUAUUUUAUUUCGUAAGUUUCGGCCGCAUUUUACCAACAUAAUUAAGUUGAAAUUGCAUUUAUUUAAUUGUGGUGUGGAAUCAAUAUUAUAAUUAACAACGAUUUUAUUUUUAUUCACUUUCGAUUUUAAUUUGCUGAUACUUCCAGUGCUCUUUGAAGAAGAACGCAUGAUUGUGUUAUUUUGUGAAAGUUUUAUUUAUUUUAUUGUUUGCGAGAAUCAAAAUGGAUACCUAUUUAAAUUAUCAAUUUAUCAGUUUUAAUAAAUAAUGCUUACAUAAUGUCAUUCCAAUGUUAGUGUGUAUCGGUCUAAGCUUUAUGUUAUGUGAGAGUAAGUGAUAUAGUAUAAUAUUUUUAUAUACAUUGAAAUGUUUCUAUUUGUAUGUGGGUGCUGCUUGUGAAUGCAAUUUUUUACUCUAUGUACACUAGAUAUAUUUUACAAGAGACAUGCAGAUUUAAAACAAUUCUAAAUACCAGGAAUCUCUAGUACAUUGGCGCUGUCACAAUAAUUUAAUUUAUUGGUUUCUUUUUUAUGUCUCGAUAUCACAUCGAUCUUAAUUUUGGUAAUUUUUAAACUGUUAAUAAAUAUUUAUGUAACA